UUGACAUGGAAGAUGACCCGCAAUUUUGUGAAACACUUGAAUUUGAGACACAAACUGAUAUACUUACUCUACUUGAGAAUGUUAAAUGUCAAGGUUGUAAUCCAUCUAUUCUUCAUCAGGCAUUAAAUGCACUUGCCACAAUUUUCUGCACUAUUACUGAUUCACAGGAUUACUUCCGUCUUGUGGGUGGUUUAGAUGUACUCACCGACUUGCUUGUGCAAGGCCAUUGUCCACUUAUAGCUGUUCCAGGUGUACUCUACUGCUUAGCUUGUGCAGUGAAACAAAAUGUGACCUCACAGAACAUUCUUUUGAGUAAUCCUGUGCUUAAAGUUCUACACUGCCUGUUGUCAGAGAGUGAAAGUGAUAGUAAAAUCCUGCAGUCAGCUUCUUUUUUAUUGGCGUGUGUAGUUAGUGGAAGUGGAAAAGGUCAGAGUUUAGCAUAUGAGACCCAAUGCCUGCAAGACUUGCUAAAUUUAUUAAGAAACUGUGUUGAGGAGAGAUGCAAUGAUGACAACAAGUGGUCAGUUUUUACAAAAGCUAUUGGUGUGUGUGUCAACAACCCCCAAAAUGACAAAUAUCAGCAAGUUUGCUGCAGUGUGUUGCCACAUGUGCUUAAGUUUCUUUGUGAUGAUCCAGAACAUGAAUCUGUUCGCCACAUACUUUUCCUUUUAGGCUUAGUGGUAGCCAACAAUGCUUCUAACCAAGAAAGGAUAAGGAAAUGUGGUGGUGUUGAGAUUCUAAUAACUUUCAUAAAAAAGCAGCUGUAUAGUAGCUUAGCCAUCCCUGAUCAUAAGCUUUUGGCUUCUGGAGUUGCUGCCCUUGAUGCAUGUCUUGCUGAAAAUGAGAAAGCCUGCAAGCAGGCUGAGAAGUUGGGAAUCAUCCCAGUUAUACUUGACGUCCUUGAUAAAAGAGACUUGGACCAAAAUGAUACUCAAGUUGUUGUCUUAACAUUAGCUCAUAUUUUGGAGUCAACAAAAGAGUCUUGUUCACUUGUCAGUGAAGGUCGUGGUUACAGCUUGCUGGUCAACAUUUUGACUGAGACCCAAGAUGAAGAACUCUUUAAAACAAUAAAGUAUAUUCUAACCAUCAGCAAAACAACAGAUUCCUCUCAUGAGAAAAACUAUGAAAAACCAGGUUUAGAAUCAAGACAGGAAUCAAAACAUGACAACUCAAAUGAACCAAGCAAUCAGCUUUCAUCACUAGCCACCAAAAAAUGUAAUGCACUACUAGACCAACUGGACUCACUGGGAAACUUGACCAACCUUCUCAGCUUUCUGGGACAGGGUGAAAGAACAGAUGAGCAUUCCAACAUGGAUAGACUACCAACAAAUCAUAGAGAUGUUAGUAAGCUUUACCCAGGGAAACCAUUCAGGCAGGAAGACUUUAACUCUGACAGAGCUUUAAAACAUCAGAGCACAUCAUCAAAACACAGUACUGGUGGUGAAGCACAAAGAGUUUAUCAUAAGUCCCAUGCACUGGGUUCCAAAUUCUCACCUUCUAAUUCAGAAGUUUCUUUGCCUCAAAAUCACUUUAAAGCUACAAGCAGCAGAGAAGACUACCAGCAUCAACAUUAUUAUAAAAAGCCUAACUUAAGUCUACCGAAUUUCAUGGAACAGAAGACAGAAGAUGAUGAAAGUUUUCUUGGCUUUGACAGACCCAUCCACAACACCAGUGACAGUCUAAGACAUCUUGAGAGCUAUAAAAAGCAUUUAAUCUCCAGUGCACCAUCUUUUCAAAACACAGGCAAAAGAAAAGAAUCCCAUUGUUCCAGAGAAAUACCUGGGUUAAAUGACAGACACAGCACAUGUAGUAAGAAAGAAAAUUAUCAAUAUUUGAAUAUCAAUAAUAAACACAGCAACUUGAGUAUGCCACAAUCAGGUUAUGAAAGUAGAUCCAUACAUACUUUAAAUGAUGAUGUAGCUUCUAACAAGAAACAAUAUUUGGUAAAUGGUAAAAGAAAGGAUACUGAUUCAAACAAGUACUUCAAUUUAAGGAAUAAUUUUCCCAAUUCGAACACUUCCAUUUCACAUGAAAGCUUGCACUCACCAAGAUACAGAUACAAGGACACAGAUGUAGAGUCUUGUACUGGAAGAGGAAAUCAAUUGUCUGUUUCUCCAUCCAAUCAACCAUCUGAUGCUAACCCAGGUGCUGGUCAGUGUGGCUCCCCAGUACCAUCACAACAUCUACACCAGACUGAUGAUGCUAGUAAUGAGAGAACCGUGAACUCCAGUCUGCUGAAACCCACCACUGAAAUCAGUGCUGGUGAAUCCCAAACAAACAUUUCAGUGAAUCCACUAUACAUUGUGGGCCAGCUUCAUCAGACAUUAUCUAAUUUUCUAACAUCUUUGUCAUUAUUCACACCUAAACCUAAUAUGAACUCUAAUGAUAAAGCAGAAAGUUCUGCCAUAACAUUAGCUCAUAUAGAACCUGCAUAUGAUGAUAUAAGUGAAAAUAUCAAGUCAACAUCAAAUGCCUCUAUUAAUACAGGUCUUACAGCAGGGAACAAGGCAAGUCCAUCUGAUUUAAAUUUAGCUGGAAAGGAUUUAAAUGCUGUAGCAUUAAAUUUGUCUCAUUCUUUACAAGACAAACAUAAUGAAAUGUUGACCAGUAACAAAUUUGUAGAAGAAGAUGAUCUAAAGACUCACAGGAUAUAA